UGCUGCGCGCGUUUGCUCUUGUUUGAAAGAAGGGCAUACAUUGAAUUUUGAUAGAUAAUACAAACAUUUUGUUCCGUGCAAUUGCAACGUGUGCAUACUAAUGAAAAAUUAAGUGCAACAUGUUUAAGGCAACAUAAUUCCCACGACUUGGGACUUGUUAAUACAUAGAACAAUAUAGCGCUAAGUGGAAUACUUGUAGUUAUAUAAAAAAAACGCGGAACUGCAAUUGCAGAUUUACAAUUUUUCCCUCAGUGGUGAGUUUUCCCAAACCUCUGUAAGAUGGGGCAGAUCAUGGGAUCUGUGCAGAGCAAUGUGGCCGAAGUGUUUAGCAGUCGGCGGAAGCGAAAACGCAGCAUGGAUUCAACGUCUGGACGCGAGGAACAGUCUGAGCUGGAUUCCACAUCAGCAAAAAAGUAAAAAGAAGCUCCUUACAACCACACAAUACAUUUACAAGGCGCUCUUCAAAGAGCAACAGAACUCGGAUGUGGCUGUAAUGGCAUUGGAUAAGGUGUGGCAUUUGCAUAAGGUAUAUCUAAGUCAAAGCCCCUACUUCUAUACCAUGUUCAAUGGUUCUUGGAGGGAGGCGAAACAGGAUUUCGUUCAUAUUCAGAUCUUGGAUCCUCGAAUACACGUUGAAAGCUUGGAUGCGGUUUUCGGUUCCAUGUAUUCAGAUGAGAUCGAGAUUGAUGCGAAGGAUGUUAUUCCCGUACUGGCGACGGCCACGCUCUUCCAUCUCGAUGGCAUUAUAGACAAGUGUGCCGAAGUAAUGGUGGACAACAUCAAUGCUGAGACUGCCAUCCAGUACUAUGAAGCUGCCUGCCAGUAUGGCGUUCUGAGCGUCAAGAAAUCAACGUUUCAAUGGUUUCAAAUAAAUUUACUAAGCAUCUACAAUAAGCAUCCAAACCUCUUGCGGCACAUAUCUAUAGAUCUGAUGAGUGCACUUACCUCCAGCCACGAUCUGUAUGUGAUGCAAACGGAAUUCUCACUGUAUACGCUGUUGCGCACUUGGAUGUUCUUGCGCCUGCAUCCCGAUUACGAUCCUGAGGAUCCAGCCCAGCUUGCUGAGGCCCAGAAGACCCAGCAGCGUUUAGCUAAUGCGGGUGUAGAUACGCAUACCCCUGCCGUGGAUAUUGUCCAAUGGGCAUACUUUGCCAAUCGCAUGGAGGAGCGCUCGUUCCUGGCCACACCCGAGGGCCAGCCCUAUGUGUGUGUAUUUCAGAAGCUGCGCACACAGUACCUUACCAACCACUAUAUGGACUUAAAGAUUAUAUUCAAUGACAACAUAAUUCCCAAGGAGUGGCUCUAUCGCCACAUACACAGUCAUUGGGAUGCGCUGUUGCGUAUCGACCAUGGUCAGGAGGAUGGCAGUCCGCAGCAGCUCGACGAUGAUGAAUUCUACGAGAAUUGCAUGCGUUGCGGUCGCCUGCUCCUUGAGCCUGGGUAUCAGAAAUGGCGUUGGACGGGCUUUAAUUAUGGCAUGGAUCUCAUUUUAAUUAUGGACUCACGCAGACUGAACAUUCGCCGGCAUCAUCGACACGAGCACGAGCGUGUCCUGAGCCUGCAAACCAAGCGCAAGUUUAUGGUGCGCACCACAGUGACGUCCAUAAAUGCCCAACGACAGCCCGUGUUCACACAGACCUCGGAAAUAAGCUCGCUCAGUUUGGAAAAGAACGAGGAGGUAUCGCUGAUGGUGCUCGAUCCUAAGCUGGUUCAUCCGCUGCUCAUAUCAAUUAACAUGCUCCUCAUUACGCCUCCCAAUCAAAGCUUCAAGGAUGUAGUGCCGCAGUGCGAGGAGGCAACACACACAGCAUCAGCCGUGCCGAUAUCAGAAAUUGGCGCAAGCUGCGAACGUCCCGUGACGCCAGCAAGUGCAGAUGAUUCGGCUGUUUGUGUUAGUGGCGGCUCGGAAGCAUCGACGCCGGUAUCGCCAGCGCCGAGAAGACGCAUCAGUUGGUCCCGUGCCGGUCAAUUGGUGUCCAGUGAUGCGGCGCUGUGCGGCGAUAGUGGGUGCUGAGCGCUAUCUAACCACUACCCAGCAUGCACUACCAGUACCGCUACCCACCGUUAGCCCAGUUCUCAUUAUUCUAUUCAAUCCUUCGCAAGCCGAAUUAUUACUGUUGUACAUUCUUUUUCUGCUAGUUUCUGGAAAAGAUUAGCGCGCUGUACAUACAAAACUGCUACCUAUUGUUAGUUAUUAAGUUCGUCUAAAGCGGCGCAUUCGACAUGUCCACGCGCACACAAUUAUAAACGCUGCUCUAAAAUAUUUUCAUAUAUAUAUAUACACCGUCUGUAUAUAUCCGUAUUGUCUAUAUAACUCUAUAUAUACAUAUAUUUUUGUACAUUUUACUUAUGUAUUAGUAUUCGCACACUUAAUGUGCGUUCGCACACCGACGUUUUCUCUUAGAUAUACCAAUAACUUACUACCUUAAGGAUAAAUUGAGAGCAGAUCGUAAUUAAGUGUUCGUAUUAACUAAACAUAUUUUACUUAAUUUUGAUAGACGUAUUGUAAGUCACACUCACACAAAUGUACGCACAUUAUUUAAUUCUAUGAUUUAACUUGUUGCCAAUCAUCUCAAGAGAAACUGAUAUUUCAUUAAACUGAGCAUUUAUUUCACUUCGAAAUUAUGUGAAACACAAUA